CCCUUGCUGGUGAAAUAAAUAGGAGUCUCUGGGCUAACAGCCCACAGUUUAGAGCUGAAGUCUGAACUCCACCUUCAGGCAGAAUGAGGUUCAUCCCCGGAUGUCUGCUUCUCAUGCUUCUGGUCUGCAGCCUCUGUCUGGUUCAUGGUGUCCUGGAGGCCCCUUAUGCAAGAUACAGGUGCCAGUGCACCGGAGUUACCAAGAAGAUCCCUAGGGUGAAUGCAGUUAAACGGGUUAGAACCUUUCUCCCUGGGAAUGGCUGCCCACGCCCGGAAAUCAUAGCCUGGUUGAAGAAAGGACCAGUUCUAUGCUUGGAUCCUAAUUAUUCAGGGACAUAUGAAUUUUUGGAAGAUAUGAAGAAAAAACGUGGACCUGCGGGUAAGUCCACUCCAGCUCGGAGGACAUGGAAGUCCUGAUGCCGAAAUCCCCGCUAAGGACACCUGCAUUCUUCCUCAUUCCUGCUCUGGGCUCAGAUUUAUGUUCCAAGGAAUCCUUCCCCCACUACCCCCCUAAAAAAGAGAGCUUCCCCAUACAAACAAGCAUGAGAAGACAUGUAAAAAUCACCCUUCAGAGGCUGAUUGAUAGGACAACCUUGAACAACUUUUUUCAAAUAAAGUACCUUAUGUACCUGGA